AUGAGCUAUCGUACGUAUAAUCCAGCUGUAAGGAUUGGAAAUUGGCAGGAAGAUGUUUGUCUCGAAGAGGAAAAAUUGAAGGAUUUUCUUGAGAAAAAGGAAAGAGGUGAACUUUUGACAGAUCGAGCUUAUAAUUUGCGGCAUCAUAUUUUACAAAAGAUCGAUUUAAGCUCUCCUGCAGAUGAUGGCUACAUCCAUUUUGGUGACAUUGUUUGCCUAUAUAAUGUUGGUACGAGUUCAAUUGCUUCUGCGAACAUGUCCGAUAUUCAGAUGCAUAACGCUCAGCAGUUAGAGGGUCCAUGCCCUCUUACUUCAUCAAAAAACUUUGAGCCUUGUAUUAGAAACGCUUUUCAAAUUGUCAGUGCUGAUAAUGUUGAUCGUACUGGAGAAAUCUUACACUUCGAGCAGCACUUUUGUUUAUCUACUCUAUCUGGGAUUGGUGGACAGUUAAAAUUAUAUAGUGACAGAGCUACUUUCAUAAAAUAUGCCAAAUACUCUCGCUUGCAAGACGCUACCCUUUCUGCUGAAUCCAAUUAUCAGUGCGAAUGGAAAUUGCUUGUUUUAGAGCCUAAACAAAGAUUGAUUAUGGAAGGCAUGCCAGUUCCAAUUGGCCAGAAACUUUUAAUUAAUCAUUGUAAAUCAAAUCAAUGUCUUGCUUCAUUGCCCGAAUAUACUCACAGGACUAGCUUUGGUAGAGAGUUUGAAGUAGUAGCUCAUACUCAUUAUGAUCCUCACAAAAUCGCCAGAGAUAUCAAUCACUGGAAUUUCAUAUAUGCUGGUCAAAGCUGCAAUUAA